AUGGCAUCAGUAAAAAUUGAUAUUACAUCUCCCGAACCAUACAUCACUCCCGCUGAAAUCUAUAGUGGCUCCGAUUUCAAUGUUAAUCCACCAUUCACUCCACCCAUAGCCCUCCGUAUUGCAACCGGAGGUGCCGGUCAAUCAGGACUUCUCCGCUCACUCGCCAACGCAUUUAUAGAGUUUGAGAUGAGGAUGACCGGCUGUCCACGAUUUAGUGUAGCAUGGUUAUUAUCUGAUACAUCAGCAAGCUUUAACUAUUUGGGAAGUAGAGCUGCGGAUUGUAGUAUUACUUAUCAUAAAGUCGCCGAGGAAAUGGCCAUGAAGCAAGGAAUUGCGGAAAGGAGAGAGUAUGCUUGGAGGGAUCAUUGGUUGCUCGUUGGCCCUAAGGAAAAUCCUGCUGGUCUUCCUCUUGAUGGUACGCACAACUCGACAAUCUAUGAGCUCUUCUCUCUAUUAUUCAUGGCUUGCAUUGAGAAUCCAAAUAUUAGAUUCUUAUCCCGAUACGACAAGUCAGCCAAUAAUAUUAAAGAAUCUGCUAUUUGGACAGCUAUUGGUCAAACUCCAUGGGCACAUCCUUAUUCAAGUUGGUACCAUCGAUAUGUAGAGUUUCCCUUUGCUGCAUUGAAGGCUGCUUGUGUUUUAGGCGAGUAUACACUCACGGAUAAAGGAACAUGGUUGAGUAUUGAUGGAGAGAUUAGAGAGAAAAUGAGUAUUUUUAAAGCAAGUACAGAUGCUCUAGAUGAUCCUUUAUUGAAUUCAGCGCAUAUCUUAGUAGGUGCAAGAGGAAAGAAUAUAUCCAUUGCCCACAAAUUCGCGGAUUGGAUGAUAGCAAGGGAUGGUGGGCAAAAAGUUGUGGAAGAAUUUGCGGUAAAUGGUGCUAUAUUGUACAGUGUUGCUCCGGAUGCUUAG